CAGUAUUAUCACACGAGAGAACACAAAAGGCGAGCGAGAAGAACGAAAAGAAGCAAACGGGAGCAACUCGAAAUCGUGAGCUGAAAAAUGGAAGUGGAGGUCGACGAGAAGGAGCUGAAAGCCUCCGGAGCCGAGCCGUUGACCGACGGGCGACACGGCCUCCGCAUCCAUGGCUGGGAAAUCGAGUCCCGCAAGCGCUCCAUCCUCAGCUCCUCCAAUACCGAAUUGUGGGAGCAAAAGCUUCAAACUUGUCACAUGCCGGAGAUGGUGUUUGGGGACAGUGGAUUGUUCCUGAACCAUGUGAAGAGCGGCGCCACGAUUCACUUCAAUGCAUUUGAUGCUCUGGUGGGGUGGAAGAAGGAAGCUCUGCCGCCGGUUGAAGUUCCUGCUGCGGCUCAAUGGAAAUUCCGAACUAAACCUUCCCAGCAAGUUAUACUGGACUAUGAUUAUACAUUCACAACGCCGUAUUCUGGAAGUGAAACCGUUAAGUUUGAUGCGAACAAGCUUGAAAGAGGAGAGAUCUCUAAGGAGACUGGAAAUCUUCAUUGGGAGGACUGCAAAGAAAAAAUUGAUGUAGUUGCAUUGGCUUCGAAAGAGCCUAUUCUCUUUUAUGACGAGGUGGUUUUGUAUGAAGAUGAAUUGGCUGAUAGUGGAGUGUCUCUUUUAACUGUAAAAGUGAGAGUCAUGCCGAGUUCUUGGUUUCUCCUCUUGCGAUUUUGGCUUAGAGUUGAUGGGGCACUAAUGAGGCUAAGAGACACUCGAAUGCAUUGUUCUUUUAGCGAUGAUGCAAAUCCCAUUAUUCUUCGAGAAAGCUGCUGGAGAGAAGCCACAUUUCAGGCUUUAGCUGCAAAAGGAUACCCUUCUGAAGAUUCUGCCUACAAUGAUCCAAGCAUCAUCAGCCAAAGGCUUCCUGUGAUCAUGCAUAAGACCCAAAAGCUAAAGGUACCUGGUAAUAUGUAAGGUUGUAAAUUGUCUCCCUGCAAGAGUUAUUGUUCCUUUUUUGCUGGGUUCUAUUGAAUGUAAACUCUUCUUUUAAAAUUCACAUAUUUCCUUACUCUUGUCAUGUUUAGUAAGUUCUCUUAUUCAGUUAAUUUGGAAAAGCAGAGAGAGAAACUUGUACUUUAUGUUAAAUUCGUCUUACUAUCUUUAUACAAUGCUUCUAUUAUAAUU